AUGGCUACACCACAGGAUAUUAUUGGGGCCAGAGGCCUUUCAAGAGUGGUUUCUAAUAGCCUGAGCGUUUCUCCUACAGCAACUUUUCAUUCCCCGCCAUCAAGCUUCGGUGGAGGCUCGAUGCCGAGAACAACUACACGAACCAAUGCAAAGCAAUUGAAGCCAUUCGACACUCAAGAUAUUAAGAUCUUGCUUUUGGAAAAUGUCAAUCAAAGUGGAAAGGACAUUCUUUCUAGACAAGGAUACCAAGUUGAGACGUUAAAAACUUCUUUACCGGAGGACGAGUUGAUUGAAAAGAUUCGAGAUGUUCACGUUAUUGGAAUUAGAUCAAAGACUAAGCUCAGCGAGAAAGUACUUCGUGAAGCCAAAAAUCUGAUUGUGGUGGGAUGUUUCUGCAUAGGCACAAAUCAGGUCGACCUCGACUACGCUGCCGCACAUGGAAUCGCAGUCUUCAACUCCCCAUUUGCCAACUCUCGAAGUGUAGCAGAAUUGGUAAUUGCCGAGAUCAUAGUUCUUGCUCGUCAACUUGGUGAUCGAUCGAACGAAUUACACAAUGGAAUCUGGAACAAAGUUAGCAACAGGUGCUGGGAAAUUCGUGGGAAAACUCUCGGCAUAAUUGGUUACGGUCAUAUUGGCUCACAACUAUCUGUUCUUGCCGAAGCCAUGGGCAUGUCGGUCAUCUACUACGAUGUCAUCAAUCUUAUGGCCCUGGGUACUGCUAAACAGGUUCCUACUUUGAACGAAUUACUCAAUACCGCGGACUUCAUUACAUGUCAUGUUCCUGAACUUCCGGAGACCAAUAAUCUCAUUGGAAAAGCGCAAUUCGAUCAAAUGAAAGAUGGUAGCUAUCUUAUCAACGCAUCCCGUGGCAGCGUGAUCGAUAUUCCAGCUCUAAUUGAGGCCUCGAGAAAUGGAAAGAUUGCUGGUGCAGCAUUAGAUGUAUACCCAAGUGAACCAGGCGGAAACGGACCUUACUUUACAAACAGCCUAAAUACUUGGACGGAGGAUCUUCGCAAUCUCAAGAAUAUCAUUCUCAGCCCCCAUAUUGGAGGAAGUACCGAGGAAGCUCAACGUGCUAUUGGUGUUGAAGUUGGUGACGCCCUUGUUAGAUAUGUGAACUCGGGUGUUACUCUUGGAGCUGUGAACUUACCAGAGGUCAAUCUUCGUUCUCUUACACUGGACGAGUCCAAUCAUGCGAGAGUCAUCUACAUCCAUCACAACGUUCCGGGUGUUUUGAGAAAGGUUAACGAAAUCCUCGGUGACCACAAUGUAGACAAACAAAUCACUGAUAACAAGGGAGAUGUUGCCUACCUCAUGGCUGAUAUUAGCAAUGUACAAACUAGCGAUCUGAAGGAGAUCUCUGAUAGCCUGGAAGCUUUGAGCUCACGCAUCCUCACCCGUGUGCUCUAUUAA